GGUCAAAGUGUGGGACAGUCAGAAGAUGGAGGGAAAGACCACGACCACCAGGUCUGUGCUGACGUACUCUCGAAUCGGCGGUCACGUGAAGACGCUGACCUUCUGCCAGGGCUCCCAUUAUUUGGCGGUGGCCUCAGAUAACGGAUCCAUCCAGCUGCUCGCAGUCGAAGCAAACAAACCCCCAAAAUCCCCCAAAGUGCAGCCUUUCCAGACCAGGUCUCUGGACCUGCAGGAGGACGGCUGUGCGGUCGACAUCCACCAUUUUAACUCGGGCGCUCAGUCCGUGUUGGCGUACGCUACCGUGAACGGCUCCCUGGUUGGCUGGGACCUUCGCUCCAACACAAACGCCUGGACACUUCGCCACGACCUCCGCCUGGGACUCAUCACCUCGUUCACCGUGGACAUGCACCAGUGCUGGCUCUGCCUCGGUACGAGCAGCGGCACCAUGGCAUGCUGGGAUAUGCGGUUCCAGCCCCCUAUCUCUAACCACUCCCAUGCAUCCGCUCUACCAAUCAUCAGUGAUCGCAGGUUCUGGGAUUUGGCCUAUCCCGAGCACUCGUACAUCGUGGCCGGCGGAGCCAACGACUCACUGCGCUGGCCGUCUGUCAUGUACAGCAGGAAGAUCAUCGAGGGGACUGAAGUCGUACAGAGAAAAACGCUCCGCGGUGGGAUUUCACGGAAGAUGCUGAAGAAACGGGAGCUGCUGGCGUGUGCUGAGGUGUGA